AUGCCGGAGACGCAAAAGAAGCAGUUGGAGACCGUUUUGUUGCGUUUUGACGAAAAAGAGAGUUCGGACUGGGCCGGAAAAACUCCGAAAAUCAUAAUGCAAAUUUUCUGUCGGAUUACCGAAAUUAAAGCUACGUUCAAACAAAACUUCCACAAUAUCCGACAAACGGGGUGA